CUCAGUAGCAGAGGCAGAGCGAGGAACACACAGAGCGAUUGAGAGGUCGGGGAUCCUUUAGUGCUUUUUCACUUGCAUGAACACAAGCUUAGACCCCCACAGGAUCUAAAGAUGUGGACAGAAGUCGGAAAGCUUGUGCUAUUUCAUUUGUUACUGAUGGAGCUCCAUUGCGCUAAAGGAACUAAUACAGAGUCGGAGUGUGAAACCGGGCAGUUUCAGUGCAAGAACGGGCGAUGCAUCCCGACCCUGUGGAGAUGUGAUGAUGAUGAUGAUUGCUCAGACAGCAGCGACGAAGAGAACUGUCCAAAGAAGACAUGUGCGACCACAGACUUUGCCUGCAAGAACGGACAGUGCGUCCCUGCUAGGUGGCGCUGUGACGGAGAACCCGAGUGUGCAGACGGUUCAGACGAGGCUGAUGCAAUCUGCAGCCGACAGACCUGUCCACCGGAGAAGUUUGAUUGCGGAGGGGCUGCCAGCAAAUGCGUUUCGUUGUCAUGGCGAUGUGACGGAGAGAGGGACUGCGAGAAUGGGGCGGAUGAGGAGCAGUGCGCUGCAGAUGCCAAGGCCUGCCCCUCCAAAGAUUUCCAGUGCCGCAACGGGAAGUGUCUGGCACCAAUCUUUGUGUGUGAUGGCGACGACGACUGCGGGGACGCCAGCGACGAAGAGAAGUGCACGGCUCCCACCUGCGGCCAGCACGAGUUCCGCUGCAAUGACUCGGAGUGCAUCCCAGCGCUGUGGAGCUGCGACGGCGACCCGGACUGCAAGGACAAGUCUGACGAGUCCAUGGAGCGCUGCAGCCGGAGGACGGAGCCCCAGAAACCUCGCUGCCCAGUGGGCGAGUUCCAGUGUGGGAGCGGGGAGUGCGUCCACAUGAACUGGAAGUGUGAUGGAGACGCAGACUGCAAAGAUAAAUCGGAUGAAGCAAAUUGUCCCCUGCUUACAUGCCGACCCGAUGAGUUCCAGUGUGGCGAUGGAUCCUGUAUCCAUGGCACCAAACAGUGUAAUAAAGUCCACGACUGUCCGGACUACAGUGAUGAAGCUGGCUGUGUCAACGUUACAAAGUGCGAUGGGCCGAGAAAGUUCCGCUGCAAGAACGGGGAGUGUAUUGACAGUGGCAAGGUGUGUGACAAUGUGAAAGACUGCAAGGACUGGUCUGAUGAACCCAUGAAGGAGUGUGGCCUGAAUGAGUGCACAGACAACAAUGGCGGCUGCUCCCACAUCUGCAGGGACCGCAGAAUUGGUUAUGAGUGUGACUGUCCCUCUGGGUACAAACUCCUGGACAAAAAGACUUGUGGAGACAUAGAUGAAUGUGAGAACCCAGAUGCCUGCAGUCAAAUCUGCAUCAACUACAAAGGGGAUUAUAAGUGUGAAUGCUACGAAGGCUACGAGAUGGACCCUGCCUCUAAGACCUGCAAGGCUGUGGGAAAGAGUCCAUACCUGAUGUUCACCAACCGUCAUGAGAUCCGACGCAUUGACCUGCUGAAGAGUGAAUACACUCAGGUGGUUCCCACGCUGAAGAAUGCAGUGGCCCUGGAUGUAGACGUGUCCACCAACAAGAUGUUUUGGUGUGAUCUGUAUCAUCGUAAAAUAUACAGUGCUUACAUCAACAAGGCCAGUGACUCGUUGCAGCAGGUUACUCUCAUUGACUCGCUGCACUCCCCCGAGGGCCUGGCCGUCGACUGGGUCCACAAAAACAUCUACUGGACCGACUCUGGCAACAAGAGCAUCUCUGUCGCCACGGGAGACGGCAGGAAGAGAAAAGUGCUGAUAGCCACCGAGCUGAGCGAGCCGCGGGCCAUCGCGGUGGACCCGCACCAAGGGUUUAUGUACUGGUCAGACUGGGGAGGUCAGGCCAAAAUUGAGAAGGCUGGGAUGAAUGGAGUGGACCGACAAGUUCUGGUGUCUGAGCACAUCGAGUGGCCCAAUGGAAUUACCCUGGACUUGUCUAACAGGCGUCUCUACUGGGUGGACUCCAAGCUGCACCUGCUGUCCAGUGUGGAUCUGAAUGGAGACAACCGCAAAGUGCUGCUGUCCUCACAUCACCACCUGGGACACCCCUUCGCCCUCACUGUGUUUGAGGAUCGCAUAUAUUGGACAGACUUGGAGGAUGAAGCAAUAUACAGUGCCAACCGACUGACAGGACACGAGGUUGCAAAGGUGGCAGAGCACCUCAACAACCCUCUAGACCUGGUGGUGUUUCAUGAACAGAGGCAGCCCAAGGCCCCAGAUACCUGCAACAUGGGCAGUCUGCCGAAUGGAGGCUGUGAAUACCUCUGUCUGAAGGCCCCCCAGAUCACAGACCACUCUCCCAAGUACACCUGUGCCUGUCCUGAUGGCAUGGAGCUGGGUCCAGACAUGAGGCGCUGCGCUAUAGUUCGACCCAGAACAACAACCACUUCUGCUCCAACCACCACCACCACAACAACAACAAGCCCUCCAACAACUACCACAACUGUUACCACCACCAUGACUCCCCCUACCACUACUACCACCACCACCACCACCACCACCUCCACCACCUCAAGCUCCACUACCACCUCUGCUACUAUGACACUCAGGCCCACAACCAGACGCCUGACCACGCCUGCCCAUCCUCAGACCCCCAGGAGAACCUCCACGGAGCAGCCUCGGACCCCCGCUGCCACCAGUACAGAGACGACCAGCUUCAGCAGCACACGUCAGAUGACCACAUCCACACACACACCUCUGCUGGGCCCAGUGGCCCCCAACAGCAUUCAGAGGGAGAGCAACGGCAACCUCUCCCACAGAGCUGCGAGUGAUCACUAUCUCAUAGGUAACAACAUCACAGUAGCUGUUCUGGGGAUAGUCAUUCCUAUCGUCCCUAUCCUUGCCACAGUGGUCAUCGGAUUACUCUGCACCGGCGCCUACCUGGUUUGGCGCAACUGGCGGCGCAAGAACACCAAGAGCAUGAACUUCGACAACCCGGUGUACCGCAAGACCACGGAGGACGACGACGACGAAAUCCACAUCGGGCGACACAGCGAGUCCAUCGGCCACGUGUACCCAGCAGUGAGUGGCAGCCACAGUCAGCCAUUCAUAGCGCUUCCACUAGGGGGCGGUGUCACAGACAGCAACUCUCACUGGUACUCAGGGGCGCCGAUGCUCUCCAGCGGCAAAUGAGAGAAGCUGCACAGGAAGUUUGGAAUAUUUGGGGAUAUGGGAGGAUGGGCAGGGGUUUGGAAAAGCCCGUUUGUUGUACAUGUAGGCCUGGUGGAAAGAAAGAACAGGCUUGCACACGCACACGCCCAAAAUCUCACACAUCAUUUUUGCAGUAAUCACUGAAAAUGUUAAUCAUACACACAUAAGCCCUUCACCAGUACAUCAUUUAUUUCACUUCAUAACCAUGAUCAUACAGUACAUUUGUUUAUCACCAUCAUGUAUUUGUUGCCAAUCUGCCCGCCCCAUUUACUUGUACUUGUGUUAGUUUUUCUAGUGGUUGAAGUGUUUGUUCUGUUACUGGGAGGUAUAUGUUUUUUAUAAUGCCCCCGUUUCCUGACAAAACUCUUGACACAGACACAUAUCAUCUUUGUUUACUGAAGCAGCUGAUGCAGAAGUAAAAUUUUCUCCACAAGGUCAACAACAAAUAUGCGCCACGAGGUAGCAUCCCCGUCAGAGAGGAAUUCUUUCUUUAUGUUCACUGCUAAAAAAGAUAAGAAAGAAUCGUCGAGGGCCACUGAGGCGUGCAGUUUAUAUAUGAAGGAGAGAGAGAUGCAUGAUGGGAUGCUGUUGAAUUCUUAGUAAAACAAAAAAUAAUUUUAGUUAAGAUAGAAAUAGCUUUAUAGUCGCCUCAGAAAUCUGACAAAAAGGACAGCUGAGCACAGAACCGAACUAUUCUGCAAAUAAAUUAGAUUUUUAGAGUGGAUAGUAACAUAAUGACAUUGCUCUUACGUUGAUUUUAUUUUUAUUUGUCGUUACAGCGUAAACAAGGCAUGCAGGAUAAAAAUGGGAAGCACAAAUCAGACCCAAGGACAGUCCCAGAGAAUUUAUCUCAUCUUCUAUCUCGAGUGCAGUUGCAGAAAUCAUGAAUCUUCACAUUUCAUGAGUAGCAGACGACCCUGUUGAUUUCCCAUUGGUGCAGAUGCAUUCAGAAUCACUUAUUAGGCAUGAAACUGCAUUUUCUGCAGAAAAAAUGCCAGCUGUGCACAGAAAUGCACUUAAAUGUAUCAGACACUUAUGACAUUCAUGGGAUAUAUUUGUUGUUUUAGGUAUCGCGGAAGCGAGCAGGCAAGGGCAGCCAAAAAGGAUUAUAGGGGGGUGGGAGUUUAGCGCUUUGAUCGGUUGGCAUGGUAACACAGAUUUCUUUGUGUUGCUCCAGAGAGAAAGGAGGCAAAGAAUUCUGGGUAUCACUGGCAUGAUGACAGGCUGGAGGCACACACACACACACCAACACACACACACAGGAAACAGGUGCACGACUGAGUCAUAUUAAGAUUCAAGGUCGAAUUAACAGCCGCCCUCUGUGAAGGGCUGCAGAGAGGAACUAUUCUCUCUCUACUCUCCUCUCUCCCAGCUUUAUUAUUUACAUCUGCACAAAUCUAUUUUAUUGUCUUGUAUUUUUUAUUUGAUUUCUUCUUCUCCUCUCCUCUCCUCUCCUCUCCUGUCUCCUUCUUUCCUCUCCUCUCCUCUCCUCUCCCUUUUCUUUUCUUUUCUUUUCUUUCCUCUCCUCUCCUCUCCUUUUGUGGCAGUGUGGCAACUCAGACAGCCAGACCAAUCAGGUUGGCAUUAUGUGGGCCAGACAUUUGCAGCCGAAGGGAAGCAUCCUGCAUUCCUCACAUAGUUAGAGCCAGAGAAGGAGGGAAUGAACAAGGGGGGGAAUGGAAAGAAAAGAAGAGGAAGGUUAGGGAGAGGACGGAGAAGUGAGGAGCAGGACAAUAGAUUCUAUACGAACCUGCCAUUUCUUUUCUGGGUGACAUCUAGCCUUCUCUUUUUCACCUGAUUUCUUCCUUUUUCUGUGUCCAUCAUGCUCUCACUCUGUUUUCAUUUCUCAUGUAUCUCUCUCUCUCUCUCUCUCUCUCUCUCUCUCUC